CUUUCCUGUUUCCACAUAUUUUGGAUUUCUAGUUCUAGGUCUGUUCGUUAUUUCGUUCCCUGUUUGAAUCGUUUUUUAACGUUUUCAAGUUUUUACCCUGUGUUUUACUGUUUACACUGUUGACAAUGAACCGACAUUCUCCUCGCGGCAUCAGAGGACGGCCGUUCAAUGGGCGCCUUUCCACGCACCAGGCCCAGCCGAAAUCCGACAUGGAAGCUCGUCGGAUGACGCAGAGCGGUCAGGCGAAACCUCCGUCGCCGUUACUUCAGCCGAACAGCGUCUUCAUUGGAAGGCUGCCAUCCAGUACCACGAAGGAACACGUGGAGUCAGCAGUGCGGGAGAUCGCCAGUCCCGCCAUGGUUGAUGUUUAUGUCAACCAGCAAUGCGGGUACAACGGGGUACGCCGCCGGCACGCCUUCCUGAAGUACGGGUCACCAGCGGAAGCCCAGGAUGCGAUGAAUAAACUGUUACGGAGUAAGCUGGUAAUCAACGGAGCCGGAAACCUGCACAUUGGUCCGGCCUACCGGAAGGGCGUCUCAACUGCGGGACAAGGAUUUUCCCCGGGAUCGUGGUCCAGUGGACACCGCAGCAGCCCUGCUGCACCGCAGUCGCCGACGUCGACCACGCAGGGACUGGCUGGAGAAUCGGGUCCGUCCAGUUCGGCGGGUUCGGAUGCUGGUUAUUACGCAUCGCCGGCUAGUUCAUCCAGCGGGAUUCCGACCAACUACAGCCACGGUAGCUAUUCUCCGCACGCGCCUCCGCUGGUGAUGACCACGAUGCCCUUCCCGGUGAUGGGCGCCAACGGAAUGGUUAAUGUUCAGCAGUUGGCGCUGAACAAUUUCGGUUGCUGGGUUCCGGUCCCGGGUCUGACGGUCAGCUACGUAUAUGAUGAUUAUCGCCGCAAUCUGGAGCAGUACGCGCAGCCUGUGUACGCCACAUCCCCACCGGUGUAUCCGUACUACGGUAACCAGUGGAACCCGGCUCAACAAGGUGGCGGAGCUGUUCCUGGUGGCAUGAGCUACGGUGGCUAUUAUCAACCUGCGCCUUUCCCGUGCGCUCCACCAGCUGGUUGUGGCUACAGCAUGCCGGUUUACGGUGUUCCCGUUGCUGCUUGUUAAUGGGUUUUGUCUUCCCCGGUCAUGCUGCCGCGGUGUAUACUUUUUGUAUUAUUUUAUUGUUUCCAUCCUGUGCCAUAUGAC